AUGGGUGGGAACAAUGACGCGCGGGCGACCGCGACCAAGAAGAGUAUCGUGGGUCUUUUAUUGAGGAGCCAGUUCGAGUUCGCAAUGUUUGGCUGCAUCCGAUCGGAAGUUCGAGAGUCAAAAGAGGGCGCCCGAGACUACUACCAGGACUACUACCACAGCACUGGGGCAGUGACGAGGCACGAGACGGUACUUUGUGAUGAUGAGAUGCGACAAGUGGGCGGCGUGGAUGUUGUUGCUCUAUGGAUGGAGGGGAGAUCUGACCGUUCGUCUGUCUGCUAUUUUUGGACGAAUAAGACAAGAGAUGACGAAAACGGUCGAUUGACAACCCCCGACUCAGACCUCAGACCUCAGACUCAGACCUCAGACUCAAGGACUGAUCAGAACGACUGGUUGAUUACGAUUAACGGUGGGUGCCUCGAGGUCGGCGCAGUAAUUUGCGUAUCCAAAGCCAAAGCUAAAGCCAAAACCAAAGCCAAAACCAAAGCCAAAGCCAAAGCCAAAGCCAAAGCAGACCAAAAUCAACCCAAAAAAUCAAAGCAACAAGAAUCACAUCCAAAGGUCAAAGUCCUGACGGCUGCUGCUGUACGCACAUGGACUCUGGUCCGCAAGAACGGGGUCUGCCCAAACGGAGAGCUGCGAGGCUCCAAUGACAUCCAAUUGAAGCUGAAGCCCCCAGAUUUUGAUUUCUGGCCACUGGCCACUGUCCAGUCGACUGCUGGUGGAUCACCAGAUGUCGACUUGCCUACGCCCCCGUCAGAAUUGUUGCUGACCUACAAUUAA